CCUUCGGCCUCUCGCGAUAUUUGCGGCGUAGCUACGAGAUCUCUCUCUUUUCCUGCCUUGCUCCUGGACAAGAUGGCGGACGCUGAACAGAAGAAGAAGAGGACCUUCAGGAAGUUCACAUACAGAGGUGUGGACUUGGACCAGCUGCUUGAUAUGUCCUAUGAGCAGAUCAUGCAGCUGUACUGUGCCCGUCAGCGCCGGCGUCUAAACAGGGGCCUGCGCCGCAAGCAGAACUCUCUUCUGAAGCGUCUGCGCAAGGCUAAGAAGGAAGCUCCUCCCAUGGAGAAACCAGAGGUCAUCAAGACUCAUCUGAGAGACAUGGUCAUUUUGCCAGAAAUGGUAGGCAGCAUGGUGGGAGUCUACAACGGCAAAGCCUUCAACCAAGUUGAAAUCAAGCCGGAGAUGAUUGGCCAUUAUCUGGGGGAAUUUUCCAUCACUUACAAGCCUGUAAAACAUGGCAGACCUGGUAUUGGUGCCACUCACUCCUCCAGGUUUAUUCCACUGAAGUAACCUGCUCAUGUUGUAAAUAAAAGUGGUUUUUCCAGUC